AUGGGCAAAGAAAAGGAUGCCUUGUCGAAGAGUGCAGCGAAAAAAGUUUUGGAGCGAUUUGCUUGGUCCCAGCCAAUUUGCCCGGUGGUGCAGCAGUAUGGGCAAGGUAGCAGUGGCGGAGGCUUGUAUGUGGAAUACAUUUUGGUUGGCUACGGGCCUGACUACAGUGGAGGCCGCCUCACCUUGGGCAGGGCCUUGACCUCGGACAUGCUCCUGGCGUUUCCCAGUCCGGCCUACCGCUUGCCUGCCUGUGCAGAUCCGAACUGUGCCGCAAUUGGCAAGCUGGAUGACUUCCUGGCAGCCUGCGCAACCGACACUACCAAAACGAAAGUGAAGAAGCCCGAUUCCAUGGACAAGCUGUUGGCUGGCUUGAAGCAAGGCAAUGAUGAGAAGAGCGACGAGAGCGGAGAUCAGAGCCAGGACGAGUCUGACCCUGG